AACAAGAGUCUCUCUUGGCUCACCGGACACUGAAACAUCGCCUGCUUGCCUGGAAGAGAGGCACGGCACGCCUCUCACCGCAACAGCACCGGCAGAGAGCAGGCCAGCAAGUCCUCCGUCAGCCCCUGCUUUUGAAGAUGAGCGCUACAGAGCGCCUCCCCAGACACGUGGGGAAGAGAUUGUCAUCUUCAACUCCUGGAUCAACCCCAGGUUCCCCAGCCUCCUCCAGGAACCACAGGCCUUUCCCCAGGAAGAGGGCAGCUCAUCCAGCAGCGUGGACACGGAGGCUGCAGCAGAAGCAGCAGAACCCCCAACAAGCGCCUCUCUUGGCUCACUGGAGCCCACGGACACUGCACCAUCAGCUGCUCCCCUGGCAGAAGGUCCAGGGGAAGAGAGGCACGGCACGCCUCUCACCGCAACAGCACCGGCGGAGAGCAGGCCAGCAAGUCCUCCAUCAGCGCCUGCUUUUGAAGAUGAGGGGAAGAGAGCGCCUCCCCUGAUACGUGGGGCUCCAGAAUCAAAGCCAUCAGCCUGUCCCACCCCCAGUGAGCACAGCACUGCGGUGAUGGCUGAGAGCCAGGGACGUGCCCAACUUGCCUCCAGUGCCUGUGACGAAGAUCUGUAUGAAACAGCCCGGAUCAUCGUCUCUGCAGUCCUACGCCAUGCUGUAGCCAUGAGCCAGGGAGCCACGAGCAAGGCACCAACUGCUCCCUCGGCCACAGGACCCAGGGUGCCUCCUCCCACAGCAGAGCCUGUAGACUGUACAUCCUCGGCCUCUGCCUUGGCUGGAGGUGCUGUAGGGGAAGCCACGGAAGCCCCUCUCACUGCAGCAGCGGCGCCACAAGAAGAAGUGGCUUCUCCUAUGACUGCAGAUCUUCUCAGGGAGGACAUCACAGAUCUCAGUCCAGCAGCAGCUGAUGAAGCAGGAGCAGCAGCUACUCCCUUGGCUAUGGUUCCGGGGCACCAGGUUGCCGCCGAGCAGGGAGGCCAAGCGCAGUCCUCCUCCUGCACCAGAGAUACGCCAGCGGAUGAGCCAGCAACGUCCCAGACACAAGCACCGUCCCAGGGUCUGUUGGCCGGGCCUGUUCAGCGCAACGAGCAGCACCAAGGACUAGGCAUCCUUGACCUCGCACAAGCCCCAGCGCGCCAGCCACGGCCCUCCCGCGUCAGGAGGGCACUUCGGGCUCUGCGCAGGGCUUUCUGCUGCAGCUGCAUCGCAGGACAGCGAGAGUAGCAGCGCCCGGCUGCCAGCACCAGGACGGCGCUCGGAGGUGGCAGCUGGCCCUCAGGAAGCUUUGCAGCGCCCACAGAAGCAUCACUGGGAGGCACAGGACAGCGCCCCAGGAAUUCAGAUGCCCCACCACAUCCUGCCCCCAGCCUCAGCUCAGCUGCGGCUGCUUUCUGCUGUGAAUAAAAGCUCAGGCAGACGUUUGCCCCCAA